UUAGAUGUAAAAAGUGAUUCGUCGCGUGCCGACGUUGCUCAUACGCAGCGACCGCGUUCCAUUUUUAAAUUUUGCUGACAUUUAUUUUUUUUUGAACACGUCGUAGAUUCUUUUUUCCAUAUAUUUUUGUGUCUGUGGUUAGUGUUUCAAAUACCUUUGUGAUAGAUAAAUCCAAGAAAUUAAAUACACUGGAUGUUAAACUAAAAAGAUAUAAACAUGGCAAAGUUUGCGUGGUUUUUGGUGGCAAUAUGCAGCCUGCCACUCCUGGGACGCUGUUCCGACGAUGAAAACCCCCUCUUCGAUAUCGCAUCUUCUCUACUGCAGAACAUGGGCAAUGGGGGAAGCAAUAACAUGGAAGGGCUAGCAGCUAUUGGCAAUAUUAUGGGCACUUUGAUGCAGGGCGAUAACGCGAAGAAUUUAGGUGCCAUGUUUGGUCAAGACAGUGGUAACGCUGGAGAUGUUUUGUCUGGUUUAGGAAGUUUGUUAGGAGGUCAAGACGGAAAUAUUAAUCCAGCGCUAGUUGGCUCAAUGGUUUCAAUGUUCGCUCAACAAAUGGCAUCUAAUGAACCACAGCGUCAGAAACGUGAUGCAGAAAACGACUUAAAUAUGGAAAAUAUUCUGAGCCUUGCUUCAGGGUUCCUGGGAAAUAAGAAUGCUGGAGGAUUUUUGCCUUUAAUUAUGAAUACUUUAAGCUCACUAUCCGAUGACGAAGCCAAUAAAAGAGCGAACGAGCACAAAGACCACGCUUCAUUCCUACCUCCGAUUUUGGAAAAAGCACAUUUGUACUGGGAUAUAUUUAUUAAUUCUGAGUUGGGCAAGACUAUAUGGGAGAAAUCUGGUUUCAAAAGGGCAAUGAAGGCAUUUACAGGGCCAGACGGUAAGGUCAGCUUUGAAAUGAUGAUGAAGAGUUUCGAAAACCACUCGUUUAGGAGACACUGGAUCAAAGCCGUUGCUAAAUAUAUGACGGACAUGGUUAUGCACAUCGCCAAGCCAGAAGUGUAUCAGAGGUAUAUGAUAUCAGGUCAAUAUAUAGUCAACAGUUUCCUGGACACCCAGAAUGUUCCGAAGAGUAUCCAACUUAACCUGAAGCGACCGGAGGAAUCUAUUACAGUGCUCACAAACUAUGUCCUGAAGAAGUAUUUAGAUAUGGACACCGAUGUUUCUGAAUAUGUCAAACCAGCUUUUGAAUAUAUUAAGCAAACGUUGAAAAUGGCGCACACUAAGUCCCAGAGCCUGUCUUCGCGUGACUACAACAGGGUAACAGACCGAAUCACGGACACCUUGAACUUGGAAGUGAUAGAGCCUGUACUGAGGGUGUAUCGAGCAUACAAGCACUCACUAGCAGCUCCACAUUGCCAGGAACAUCUCAUGUGUGUUGUGAACAGACAUCAUGAUAAAGAUAAAUUAGGUCUACCAGGGUUCAAGAUUGGAUUGACAAAGCUGAGCAGUCUUGCAGCUUCAGCCGCCCUCAGCUUCCAGAGUGGCAAAGGCUUCUGGGACCUGUACAAUGCAAUACAGAAUGACGUGAACUGUGAGGCGAAGUACCCUGCAGACUGCUCGGCGUUCCAUGAACAUGAACUCAAAGUAACCACUGAAGUUUACCAUAACGAAUUAUAAAUCUUAAAGACAAUAAAUAUGUAUACAUAUAUUUUGAGAUUCCUGUAAAAGUUUAAUGAAACUAUUGUCACAGACUAGGAAAAGAACAGACCGUGUACUAAAAAUACCUACAUAGAAAUUAUCAAUAAUAUUGUAUUGGACUGAAAAAAUUUUAAUAAAGGGUUAUGCAAUUAAUGAAUUAAUGAAUUUAUUAUAUUUUUAAAAUACCUUAAAAUGAAAUAAUGCGGCUUUUCAAAAAACAUACUAAUAAUUGCAUAGAUAAAAAAUUCAGGUGUGGUACGUUUUUUAGUCUGUGGUAGUAAUUUAAAUUAUAUUAAGUAUAUGGACUGUAAGUAGUAAUUAGUAAAUAAUAUCUGAUUUAAAUACCUAUGUAUUAAUUUUAAUUAUAACUUCUAUUUAUUUAUAUUGAAACAUUGAUAGGGUUUAAGUCGGUGCCAAGUCCUAAAAAUAAUAAAACUUAAUAUUAUAAACAGCUUACUUACUGUAAUUAUUAAAGUUGUCUGGCCGCGCGUGUCUAUCCGCUUGGGUUGUUUAAUUCUAGACGAAGCUAUCCCGCUCAAAGUCUCGGGUGGCGAGUGUAGGUACCUACUAUUACAUUUGGCUUGGCACCGACUUCAAAGCCAUCAAUGUGUAGCACAUACAAAUAAUAGUAUUUUAUUAAUAUUAAAGGUAAAGGUUGGCCUAAGAAGUGUAUUAAAUAAAAUUUUUAGUUACUUUAUACUUUUCACUUUUUGAAGUCGGUUGUUUUUAAAGUAGUUUUGCUUUUAUUUUUUACUUUUUAGUGUCAGUUAAUAAUAAUAUAUAAUUAAACUGAAUGAAAACUCCUAAAAAAGCCGUAUACAAAAAACAAUUAUAUAUCAUUCACGUAGACAAAAAUUUUCAUAAAAUGAAAACUACUGGGCCAAACUAUGUAAAAUGGCAUCUAUUCCGCAUCGAACGAAAGAAUCACGUAAAUCGCAUUAUAAAUCUCAGCGUAAUCAGUGUACAUACAGAAAAAAUACCGAUCGAAUUGAGAACCUCCUCCUUUUUGAAGACGGUUAAUUAAAUUUUAUUUAUAAUUAAAUUAAAUGUCUUGCAAUUGUAAGUUAAAAAAUGAGAUGACUUCUAUAAUAUUGCUGCAAAACACGACUAACAAUCUUUAGAUUAAUAAAAUACACUAGAAUCACUGACAAGUAAAAAAAGAAGGACUCCGUGUCACCUUACAAAUCAGUGAAGGACCAAAACAAGCCGGUUAACGUGUAUAGCCCCGCGCACACACUUACACCAAUACAAGCCGAUCGGCCGCAAUUAUGAUAUUUGCCAUCGCCUGUGACAGAUCAGUUUGCGUCGCAAUAAAAUAUUUUAAAAAUGCCGUCGUGGGGUGUAAAAAAGAGUAAAACAAUCUAUCAGAAUUUAAAAAAUUGGAGUUUAAUGUAAUUGGGGCCAUAAGGGAGAAAAACUUGUGUCACUGGCAUCCCCCGUAACCGCACACACACUACCAUAACGGUGCAUCACUUGCUAAUAUCACGGCGCGGAGUCCUUCUUUUUUUUACUCGUCCAUGACUAGAAUAUAUAUUUUUAUUAAUAAUAUGUGUACCAACCGUACUUCAUUGCGAUAAAUGUAACAUUUGCACAUAAACACAAUCGCCUACAAAAUUACAGAUCAUGAAAUACAAACUAUAGGUGAUAUCAGACAGUUCACUCGAAUGAUUGUUCACUCAAGUGAUUAAUUCAUUUUUUUCAUUCAAUUUGCACACGGCAUUUAUAAAAUGAUAGAGAAAUUAACAUUCAUCUGUUCUUUUAUAGCAAUGUGUCGUCGACUGAAACCUGACAUUCGUCUGCUACAGGACUCUAAACAAAAUGGCCGAAUGCGAAUGAAUGUUCUCUUUCGGGUUCAGACUGUUCAUAUUUCGUUCAUUCGGAGUGUAAGUGAAUGAUGCCGAAUGCCUAUGUCCGAUAUUGUUGGGUCGGUUCACUAAUGAAUUCAUUCGGCACUUGAUACAUUUUUUUUUAUAUUGACACAUUUUUACACAAAUUAUCUCGCCCCAAAUUAGGCAUAUAUUGCCUGUGUUAUGGGUUGCAAGACAACGAUAUCUAUAUAUAUAAAAGAGAAUGUAUGUUUGUAUGUUCCCUAAUAACUCCUAAACUAUUCGACCGAUCUCAAUGAAAUCUUUUGUACUUAAUAGAUUCGUUGAAGCUCAAGGAAGGUUUACAUAUAUAGUUUAUAUGGCAAAACAACGUUUGCCAGGUCAGUUAGUAUUAAAUACAAUAUACUUACUUAAACAUACAUAAAUACAUAUAAACAUCCAUGACUCGGAAACAAACAUCCAUAUUCAUCAUAUAAAUGCUUGCACCUACCGGGAUUCGAACCCGGGACCUCUAGCCACGGCGGUGUCAACAUUAAAAACUAUUGCCCACCCUUGGUGGCGAUGAGUAUUCGAUACGAAUAUAUUUUGUUUAGGUAUAAAAAAAUUGUAAUAGAUUUGAUCUAUUUUGAUACUUUAAGAUUUCAACUAAAAAAGGACCUAUUGAACAUUGUAAAAUAUAUAAAAUAAUAACUAAUAAAUAAAGUAACGUUAAAUAAUUUUAUUACCUUUGAAUUUUACUUAAUAGUUAAUAUGUAUGUUAUGUGUAUUAGUGCUAAUUUUAUUUAUAAUUCAUUGUACUUAAAUAUUCUGACUAUAGUAUUUUAUAAGGAUUUUUAAUUAUAAAUUUUAUUGUUGCUAUACGUUUAUUUAAUAAAUAUAAGAUGUAUUAAGCUGGAUUUGGUGCUAAAGAUCUUAAAACUGCAUUUAAAUAAUUUGUUUCAAAAUAAGUAUUACAUUAAAACCUACUUAUUAAGUAUAACAUACUUACGUAUAAAUUGUUUAAAUGUAAAUAAAAAAUAAUUUACUAGUAAUCUGUACUUAAGACGUUUCGAGAAAUAAAUGUUAUUUAAUUCAAAA